AUGAUUGGUGAAUUUCAUAAAGUUAGACAGUAUCGUUUUGUUAAAAGAAGUUUUUUAUUAGCUACAAAUUACAAUUCCUCUCCAUCAAGCGGGAAAACUGUGAAAAUCGAUAAAAUUCGAUCAGAUGAUGAAAAUCCUGGGCUUCGAGAUUUCGAGGCAAGUUUUUUGAGAUUAUUGGAGAAAGUUACCAAUGGAUCUGUCAUCGAGAUUAGCUAUACUGGCACAUCUGUUCUCUACAAACCAGGCGUGAUCACCGGGGGAAAAAUAUCACAUGAUUGUGGCACAGCGCGCGCAAUCGGAUAUUAUCUUGAGCCAAUGAUAGCAAUCGCACCGUUCGCUAAAUCCCCGUUCAAUUUGACGUUGAGUGGAAUUACUAAUGAUAAUGUGGAUGUUUCGGUUGAUCUAAUACGUACAGUCACAUUAUUGCAAUUAAGAAGAUUCGGUGUUGGUGAUGGGAUAGAGUUGAAGGAAAGCAUUGAUUACAUGCAUUAUAUGAGCGAGA